AUGGCUCCAACUCGCUCUAUAGAAAAUCGGAAAAAAUUAAUUGAGCAAGAAGGAUUGAGGGACAAUGCAAUCCGCGAUUUAAAAUCUUCAAAAAUUCAAAGUGGCCGCAAAGCUGCACGCGUUUAUGGCCUACCACGAACAAGUCUCCAGGGGAGGCUCAAAGGGAGGCGGCCAUUGGCAGAAUCAAAUGCUACAAAGAGGAAAUUGACUCCUAUUGAAGAGGAAACACUUAUUAAGAGGAACUGGGCCAAUCUUCUACUUGCAAAUCGAGGAUCGGGCGGGCCAAUUGAACGCGUCGGUAUAAAUUGGAAAUCAACCUUUAUUAAUUGCCAUCCUGAAGUCAAAAGUGUCUAUUCUCGAGGUUUCCAUUACCAGCGAGCUAAAUGCGAAGAUCGAAAGGUUAUCCAGCCUUGCUUUGAACUUGUUCGCACCACUAUUGCUGAGUAUGGCAUUGACUCAAGCGAUAUCUACAAUUUUGAUGAAACAGGCUUUGCAAUGGGCCUUAUCAAAAGCGCAAAGGUUAUAAUAGGUGCAGAGACAACGAAUAAGGAGGCCUUUGUACUACAACCUGGAAAACGUGAAUGGGUAACUGCCAUUGAAGCAGUUAAUUCAACUGGGUGGCAUCUACCUCCUUAUAUCAUCUUUAAAGGCAAGCAUAAGCGCAUGGCAUGGUUUGAAGAUGAUCCAACUGUCCGCUUCCAAUGCAGCGAUAAUGGAUGGACAACUGAUAAAAUUACAUUGGAUUGGCUUCAGAAGCACUUUAUUCCACUUACAAGGACGCGUACUGUGGGAAGAUAUCGGCUUCUUAUAUUGGAUGGACAUGGCAGUCAUCCUACACCUGAAUUCGAUGCCACCUGCAUUGAGAAUAAUAUUAUAAGCCUUUGCAUGCCCGCUCAUACAUCACAUCUAUGCCAGCCACUUGAUGUUUCUAUAUUUUCACCACUAAAGAAGUCAUACUACAAGCAUGUUGAAUACCGCACUCGAUUGGGAUUCUCACAUAUCGAUAAACUUGACUUCCUAGAGGCAUUCCUACGCGCGCGGACAGAGGCAUAUAAAACAACAUCAAUUCAGAAUGGAUUUGCAGCCACAGGACUUGUCCCGUUGAACCCUGGACGAGUGCUAGAAAAGCUGAAUAUCCAAUUGAAGACUCCAACGCCGCCUGGCAGUAGUCAUGGAACUUCGCAGUCACAGUCCUCCUGCUUCCAAACACCUUCUAAUCCUCAUGAAUUAGAGACUUGAUCCAUUCUUUUCCAGUCCUUCAAAUCCGACUCUUGUCAAACUGAAUCAAGUGUAUAAAAGCUGUGAGAUAGCAUGGCACAAUGCUACUCUUUUGGCACAGGAAAAUAUGGAACUACGCAAUACAAUUCAAAAGGAGGACCAAAAGCGCAAGCGGACUAAGAAAGUGAAUACAGAGGAAGCUAGUCUUGUCAGAGGAGAGGCCCAAAGCCUUAUAGAUGAAUCUAAUGCUGCAAAUCAGUUAGCAGCAAGCCUUGCCAGUG